GCGGCCAGUUCAAGUUGCCAUAGCAGACGAUAGCGGUAUUUUAAGUUGAUCGCCCGAAAAGUCGUCAAAGAACUGAGCACUCGGCCUCUGAUUUAUGCGAGUAUGGACUCCUCCAGUGAAUCUGGCACAUACAAUAGACCCAGAGGGCAUCGAUGGCGGGCAAGGGAAAGGGAUACGCACGUAUCAGACAUAUCGGUCAAAAUCGAUACUUUAGCCAGCACUCUGCAGGAUACAAGCAGAAAUCUAAACAAAGUGGAUCGGAUGUUGGAACAGUACAAAGAACACGCAGAUGAUCAAGUUGAAGCCAUGGCGACGCUGAGGGACAGCUUAGAGGAGUCAGUCCAGCAUCUGCAGGGGCAGCGUUUGAGGAAGUCUACAAUUGGGUGGAGAACUUCAAACUCCAUACUGCAAACAAGUGACUUGGAGGAUGGCAGCGCCUCAGAAAGGUGGUGCAGCCCUCCGACGUCCACUCUGAGAAAUUAUGGGAGUGCAGCCACAGGGAAUAGAAGACGGUCUGGUUCUGUUGCGGUGCAUUUCAGAGACGUCACUCAAGCUGAAGGGGAGAUACACUCAUUGCAUCAGUCCCUUAGAGACCUGCGGAGUGAUCAACUUCGAAUGGGUGAUGACAUUGAUCGAGAAAUCAGCAGAAGAAACCGGACUGACAUAGAAACUAAGAAGAUGUUGGAGGAUCUUGCAGGCCGUGUUCGGGCAUCAACAAGUGAAGAACUUGUCUCAUUACGGAUAGAGAGACGUCUACAGGAGAUCGAGGAUGAAAUGCACUCAAGGGAGCAGGUGGCUUCUGAAAGACUUCACAUAGAGAAACCAGAAGGCAUGUCUCAACUACAGAAGAUAGAUGACAUGCGUUCACAGCUUUUCAGGAUAGAGAAAGACCAUGUACAGUUGCAAAAGGAGAUGGCUUCACUGCUGUCUCAGCAAAGAAGUGCAAGGAGACAACAGCAAGGAGGUGUCACAGGCCUUGACAGUGAGCUGGAGAGAGGGUUGUGUGUUUCUAGUGACAUAGAAGAGCUGAAAAAAAGCAUUGAACAAAGAGAGAGAGAGAAGGCUCAGCUUGCUUUCCAGGUUGAGGCCCUUUCUGCAGAUUUGGAGCAGCAUCAGUUGCAGAAGUUGGGCCAACUGAAGGAGGUCCAGUCUCUUUUAAAGAACAAUAGUUUAGAGUGUUCACAUCUAAAGGCCCAGCUUAUUGAAAGUGAGACAAGGAGAGAGGAGCUGCGGUCAAAGGCACAGGAAGCAAUCCGACAAUGGAAGACUAAGUGUAAAAAACUGGGACGAGAGGUUCUGGAACUGAAGAAUGAGAACAGAAAUGGCACCGAUAAAAACAAAUGGAACCAAGAAAGAGCAGGCAUUCUUAGCCAGCAGACUGAAAGGACUCGCCGACAGCUUGCAGAUGCCCUCGGAAGUCUUGCUCAGCGUGAAGAGGAUGUACACCAAUGUGAAGUGGAUCUAGUUGAAGCUCGUUCUCGUCUUGUUACUUUAGAACUAAAGCUCCAAGAGGCUCAGGAAAACAUGAGACACCUAGAAGAGGAGACCCAGAAGCAGAUUUCCUUACAGCUCCAUAUGAGAGAGGAGAACAUCAGGUUGCAGGAACGUGUUGAUCUGCUGGAACAGAGGAGGGAGGUGGAUCAGAGAUCUAUGCUGGAUCUCCAGGGCUUAAACAAGAACCUGAUAGCUGCAAAAGCUGAUCUCACUACUAGACUGGCUGAGGUAGAGAGUUCCAAGAAGGACCUGGAAAUACAGCUCACUGUGGCUCAGGAGGAGAGCUCCUCAUUCGGACGACAGCUGGAACUGGAGAGACAGGUGCAUCAAAAGGAGCUGAGUCGCUUGCUAGAAGGCAAAGCAGAACAGGACAGAGAUGUACACAACAAGCUGAUAUUAUACCAGCGAGAGCAUGAAGAACUGGAGGCUCUUGUCAAAAACCUUAAGUCAGAGGCAUUAGCAAAUGGUGAACUGAGAAGAGUUCUUCAGCUAAAGCUGGACAAAAUGAAGACUGAAUGUGAUAAACUAACAGAGGAGCUAAGCACCAGAGAGGAGAGUCUCACUCAGCUCCUCCGCAAAUACCACAUCCUCAGAAAAGAGCUGAAUGCGAAGGUGAAGCUAGCAAAGAGGGAGGAGGAGAGGAGACACACUGCAGAGCACUCUAUGGCAGAGCUACAAGAGAGGCUCACUGGCCUCCAAACAGAGCAGGAAUCCAUACUUCAUGCCACAGGGGCUCAGAUUGACUCAGCCUGCCAGUUCUUGUCAGAUGCCAAACUUGAGGCCAUUACCCUGACUCCAGGACUUCAGAAGGAUUCCCAUCGCUGGCUUGCUGAGGUUAAGACAAAGCUUCAGUGGUUUUGUGAGGAGGUGCAGGAACGGCAGGCCAGAGAGAAGAGGUUGAGGAGAAUACUGCAGCACCACAAGGAGCAAAUGAAAACCCUGAAAGAAUCCAAAGAUUCAGAAUUGCAGAGGCUCCUAGACCGCAUUGCCAUGCAGGAACGGCUCCUCAAUGACAUCCAAUCAGAGAAGAAAGGCCUUCUUGAAAAGGGACGCAAGAAAGAAGAUGAGUUGAGAAAUCUUCAGGACCGGAUUAUAGAUCUUGAAACGGGUAUUUCACAGAAACCUGUUGCCAGUCCAGAUUUGGAAUCCAGUCUGACCCAAGAGCACUUUGCUAACAUCAACGAAACAAAAUCUGAACAAACAAGCAUGUAGUGGUUCACUAUAGCUGAAGCAAUUGGAGUGCAAUGCCUGUUUGAUCACUUUAAUAUAGGACAUGCUGUACUGUUGUAUCUAUAUAGAAUGUUGAAUCCUCUACAUUGUCUUGUAUGACACUUAUAAAAUAGUGUUUAACUUUAAAUUUUGUUUUUGUUUGUUUUUGUUCCCAUGU